ACAGAAGGACAUAAUCAGCCCGGUAAGUUUGCAGAACCUUACAGCCAGUCUGGGCCAACAGAGUGCUUACUUCUUUCAGCUUUUCUGAGGUCUAUAAGUCCACUGUCACCAUGUCUGACACUGAAGAUGUUGAUCAGGUCGAGGCCGUGGAGGAGGAGGUAGUUCAGGAGGUAGAGGUGGCCCCGGAGGCGGGCCCCGAACCAGAACCAGAACCAGAACCUGAAGCGGAACCAGAGCCAGAGCCUGAGCCAGAGCCAGAGCCAGUGGUAGAACCAGAACCAGAACCAGAGCCAGAGCCAGAGCCAGAAGCUGAGGAGCUGGAAGAUGCCACUGGAGAGGAAGACGAGAAGCCAAAGUUCAAGCCAAGCGCACCCAAGAUUCCCGAUGGUGAGAAAGUGGACUUUGAUGACAUCCAGAAGAAGCGUCAGAACAAGGAUCUGUCGGAGCUCCAAGGCCUGAUCGAUGCUCACUUUGAGGGCAGGAAGAAGGAGGAGGAGGAGCUGAUCGCCCUCAAGGAGAGAAUUGAGAAACGUAGGGCUGAGAGAGCUGAGCAGCAGAGGAUCCGCUCUGAGAAGGACAAGGAGCGCCAGGCCAGACGCGAGGAGGAGAGGCUGAAGAGGGAGGAGGCUGAUGCCAAGAAAAAGUUUGAAGAAGAUGCAAAGAAGAAGUCGGCUCUGUCCAACAUGGGCUCCAACUACAGCAGCCAUCUUCAGAAGGCUGACCAGAAGAGGGGAGGCGGAAAGAAGGAAACAGAGAGAGAGAAGAAGAAGAAGAUUCUGGCUGGAAGACGCAAGGGUCUGAACAUCGACCACCUCAACGAGGAUAAGCUCAAGGACAAGAUCAACGAGCUCCAUGAAUGGAUGAGCACUUUGGAGUCUGAGAAGUUCGACCACAUGGAGAGACUGAAGAGGCAGAAGUAUGAGGUUACAACUCUGCGUAAGAGAGUGGAGGAGCUCAGUAAAUUCAGCAAGAAGGGAGCUGCUGCCCGCCGCAGGAAGUAAGCUGAACGCCCUCAGCUCAGAAGAACCCAGAGCGCCGCGCCGUCGGCCCCGUGGACGAUGAGUGCCGUGCGGUGUGGCCCCUCGGCCAGGGGUCCAACGCCUCCGUCCGGCCCCUUCGCCGGGUGCCUCUGUGUGGAGCUCGCUCCAUCGAGCUUCCUGUUUGGUUCUCAGUAUUUUUGUAAAUAAAGUUUGACUCUUCAA